CAAAAUACAAAUUAAUCAAGAUUACUCUUCAUCUACAAGGUUUUGUAGAUAUCUUUACUUCUUCACACAGACCUUGUUACUUCUGCAUGGUUAUAAUCCUUGAGUCAACUUCAGCCCAAUAUGGCCAGCUUUUCGGGAGGAGAGGACGAUGAUUUGCUGAAAGAACACGAAGAAGUUGUGACAGGUGGAGAGUUGCUGGUGUUGCUGGAAGAGACAUGGCAUAACGAGAAAGUGUCACCUGAUUUACUACCCACGCGAAUUGAUCUCGUGGAAUCCAUGCUGGAGCAGUUACAACUUCAGGAUGAUGUAAUACAAAAGUGUGCACAAGGCGAUAUCAAGAUCACACUGCUACAACUAGAGGUUGAACGUAUCCGCUUCCUGAUUGCAAGCUACCUGCGUGCCAGAGUCCAUAAAAUUGAGCAGCAUCCACUGUACUUACUGGACCGGCAAGCUAAACUUGGUGAAAAUGAUGACCCGUUGCUGUCACCGGAAGAAGUUACUUAUGCAAAACAAUUUGCGGACAAUAUGGCCGAACUGAUGCAGAGUCUUGUCCUGCGGCACAUGCCUCUAGAGGCUGCCAAGCAACUAGACACGGAAAAAGCAGCUAUUGCACCCAAUACCAACAGCUAUGUGUUCUUGAAAGCAGCUGAAGACGUAAUGGGAGUUGUUAUCGAUGAAGAGGAAGAUCCAGUCGAUCUUCUAAAGGGCACUCAGCAUUUGUUGCCGUAUCGGGCUGUUGAGGCGUUGGUCAAGUCUGGCUCUGUUGUACUGCUCUAACCCCGUCCAAGGCUGUUCGUCUGUUUUACAGUGAGCAAGUUUAUCCUGUGCUGCAGCACUUCUGGUUUCACUCAGUAUUCAUGCAAAGUGUGAAUUAAGGAUGCUGAAAAUAGUUGCCUAUUCGGAGGACCAACCUUGCGUUUCACGUUUGAAAGUACCGAGUGGACACACACUGCGUAUUGUUUUCAAAGACAGUUCAAGGUGGCCAUCUGCUGAUUGUGCAAUAUUAUAUCUUGAGAUAAGAUUGUUACAUGAUUCCUUUGAGACUGUGGCAGUUCUAUAGCUGGAAUUGUGGCCAGAAGGCAAUGCUACAUGCAGCUACUACACUGCACAGGUGCAUUGACAAUUUGACAGCACUAUGUCACUGUGGGCAGUAGGACAUGUACCGCUAUCAUACAGCACAAGUACAAACACCUGCCCCACAUACUACAUACUACAUACUACUAUCUAUGCUAGUAGGGAUAUGUGUAUAAUACACAUCAUGUCAUCAUGACAACUAGUGAACCCCUUGUUUGCUACUCUUUCUUCUUUGACUGUCACAAACAAUCAUGCUCGUGCAAGUGUCUGACUGCUGUUCGGUGGCACAGGUUUAUGUUGUGUCUAAGUACCUUCUAGCUUGAGAUUUUAUUUUGAAUUUUUAGUGUUUUUAGGGACAGCCAUUGAUGUAAGUUUCAUCUACUUUGAUGUGCUUUUUAUUAACUAUUUUAGGAAUUUGUUCUUUGAGGUUGUUAUGUGUUGUCCUCAUUGCCACAUGUAGCUCGAUUUUCAACUGACUCUGAUUACUGGUAGGAAAGUUA